CAUUAGACACGCACACACGUUGUGAGCCAGACUGUGUUUCUGUCGUCACUCUGGGAGCAGAGCAGAGCAGCGGGGGCAGUCGUCACAGAAGAGGAGCAGCAGCACAAAGUCCACUAGAUGUCACCACAGCCACAGAAGAGGGAGUGAAGCGCUGCCAUGGACCACGUGAAUCAGCCACUCUCAAACAAAGCUGCUCAGCAGCCAUCAGUGACAUUUUGACAUCCAAGCAUGCUGCUGGUUUCCAGUUCUCAGUAGCAGCACUCGUCAAGAGACAAAUGUUGUUCAACCAAAUUCUUGCAAGAAUGUUUUGAUGGAUAUUUGUCAAGAGUGAGAUUGGGGAAACUGGUGUGGUCAAGUCACUGAAGAGUUGAACACUAUGCUUUGUGGAGUCGAGACCCAGCAAGUGCAGAAAGGAGUCAAGUAAAGUAGUGGCUGAGAUGGAGGGAUUACACAAGGUCAAAAUCUUAAGUCAAUUAUGACCAUGGAGACACUGAGACAGCUCAAUAAAUGGGAGCACCGGAACCCUCUGAAUAUACCUGCUAACAUGACUGAAGCUUCAGCGAUAAUGUUGUCAAAAGUGAUGCUGGGUGUCAUCCUGUCCCUCCUCAUCCUUCUGACUGUUGGUGGUAACGUGCUGGUGUGCCUGGCUGUCUGUGCCUCCCGACGCCUCCGCUGCCUCACUAACUGCUUCAUCGUGUCGCUGGCUGUGACGGACCUGCUGCUCGGCCUCUUGGUCCUCCCGUUCUCCGCCCUCCUCCAGCUCAACGACGAGUGGCCCCUCGGCCCGGUGUUCUGUAACUUCUACAUCUCCAUGGACGUCAUGCUGUGCACUGCCUCCAUCCUCACGCUGCUGGCCAUCAGUGUGGACCGCUACCUGGCGGUGACCAUGCCUCUGAGACAUGCCGCACUAGUGUUGCCGUGGAGAGUUGCGGUGGCAAUGGCCAGUGUUUGGACAGUGUCUGUGGCUGUGUCUUUUUUGCCCAUUCAUAUGGGGUGGAACACGGCUAAUGGGACAGUGCAGAACCAGGGGCCUUGGGCUCCAGAGAGGAAGUGUCGUUUUGAGCUGAACAGACCCUACGUAGUGACCGACUCUCUUCUUACCUUCUUCCUGCCCCUGGUGGCUAUGUGCUGGACCUACCUCCGAAUACUUCGCAUUGCAAGGGCACAGGCCAAGCGCAUUAUCAGUGCCCGACCCACUUGCAUCACCCACUAUGACUGCAGGAACAAUCCCUCAACCAGCACAACAGUGGUUUCCAGUGUCACAGCAGUUGCUCUGCGGGAACACAAAGCCACAGUGACACUGGCAGCAGUAAUAGGGGCUUUCGUUGUUUGCUGGCUGCCCUAUUUCAUCCUGUUCACAGUUUUGGGCUUAAAAGAGCAUCCGGACCCUAGUACAGUACCUGCAUAUUCCAUCGUGUUGUGGCUGGGUUAUGCCAACUCAGCGCUCAACCCUAUCCUCUACGGAGCCCUCAAUAGGGAUUUCCGGUCAGCCUAUUCCCACCUCCUGAGAUGUCGAUGCCCUGCUUAUAGUGGAUGGAGGAGCCGACAGCCGUCUCCCAAUGUAACAGCAGCCAGAGAGCAGCUUACAGAGGUGACGCUGCUGUGUGGCCACACCCCUUCCGCAUGCAGGGCAGGUUUAACAGAUCAAAACUUCAUGCUUCAAGAAAUGAACAGCAGGACAACGACAGCAGCUACCCAGUUUGCAAAUGGCACUGCUGCAACAGAUGUCAAUGGCAAAGAAAGGUCGUGCUGAGCCUGUGCUGGUGAGGCGGACGCUGUGUUCAUGACACUGUGGUUACAACGCAGGACCAAAAUCCUUCCUGAGGAGGAAAAACAAACACCAGACAGACAAAGAGACGGACCAAGAUUUACAGCCCCUGUAUUUGGAAGAUUCCAGUGCCACAGCAGAAGCACAUAAUACACCAUUGUCCGAAUUGUAGCAAACAGAAAAUGUGAGCGAAUGGGAUCUCACAGCUCCACACCUCAUUAGCAAGAACCAGCAGUUCGCACACAGCCGGACUCAAUCUGCCCAGGACCGAAAGAACAAGGACGCUUCUACAAGGGGAAGUUGUCAGCCACAAUUAUUCGACUGCAUCCAACAGUAGAUGACAUGCUAUUGCACUGAAGUGUGGUCGCCGUUGCAGCUCUGGACGACUGAAUGAGACCAACCAGUUAACUCGCAGGUCAUCAAUUUGUGCUGGCUCAAGACUGAACUCCAGUGGAAACAAAAAGCAUCACAACUUCGAUAAAGUAUACUGACGUCUUAUUACAAUUGGGUGUUUCACGAAACAAAAUAAUGGAACAGAAAAAAGUGAUGAAUGGACUUUUGAAAUGUAUGACAUUUGAAUGUGGAGCAUACAAACUAAUAUGGUCAGUUUUUGUUUUUUUUAAUGCAGCUGCCUCCAGUUGUGCUCAUUCCGUGACGUAAAGCUAGUACGUGUACUUUAUGUAUUGUAUCAUACAUAAAAUAUCUGAGGUCUGAAACAUGGCAUGAACUGUUCCUCUUAAAGUGAUCAUUACGACCAUAUUGUACCAAUAAAGUGCAGCUUGAAUAGAGAA